UUGCUACGUGGUAACUGGUAAAAUUUGUAAGAAUUCUGUGUUGACUAUAGUCAGUAGUCCAAUCAUCAGUGACUGAUUGCAGAGGUAGGGCUUCUGGUACCAAUAUGUGCCGACAAUUAAUUGCUCUAGGCUAAAACUUUGCCACUGCUUUAUCACCCUUAUCUCUAGUUCAAGCUUAUCUACCUGAACUGAACAACUCCCAAUUCAGUAGAUUCUGCAAGCUAGAAAUGGCAAAAGAGCUUCAUGUUGUGAUUCUUCCAUGGUCUGCCUUUGGCCAUAUCAUCCCUUUGAUUCAACUCUCCAUAGCCUUAGCAAAAGCCCAGAUUCAUGUCUCCUUCAUAUCAACCCCAAAAAACAUCCAAAGGCUCCCUAAAAUCCCACCUGAGUUGCAAUCUCUCAUAACAAUAGUGCCUUUUCCUUUGCCAACUUUGGAUGCUGCAGAUCGGCUGUUGCCUGAAGGCGCCGAGGCCACGGUGGACAUACCUUUCGAGAAAAUGGACGACUUGAAGUUUGCAUUUGAUCUUCUACGACAACCCUUUAAGCAGUUCAUUGCUGAUCAAGUGCCGGAUUGGAUCAUCACCGAUUUUGCCGCUCACUGGGCGGUUGACGUUGCCAGAGAGUAUGGUGUUCCUGUUGCCUACUUCUCUCCUUUCUCUGCUGCUACGCAUGUGUUCUGUGGUUCACUGGAAUAUCGCUCUCAUGUUCCACCAUCACCGGAAGUAUUCACCUCCCCACCGGAGUGGGUUCCUUUUCCGUCUUUGUUAGCACUCAAGGAGUUUGAGGCAGUUCAUUUUCUUGCUGGCUUUUUUAAUGUGAAUCGUUCAGGGAUAAGUGAUGCUGAAAGGGUUGCCAAGAUUGUAUUAGCGAGUCAAGUACUAGCCUUUCGUAGUUGCAAUGAAAUUGAAGGAGAGUACUUGGAUUUGUACGCGAAACUCACCGGAAAACCUGUGAUUCCCACCGGUUUGCUACCUCCAAAGGAAUCAAAAAGGGAGUCGGGGAACGAUGUGAUUUUUGAGUGGCUUGAUAAGCAGAAACCCAGGUCAGUUGUGUUUGUAGGGUUUGGGAGUGAGUGUAAGGUGAGCAAAGAACAAGUGUAUGAGAUAGCUCAUUCAGAGUUGCCAUUUCUCUGGGCACUCAGAAAACCCAGUUGGGCUAGUACUGAUGCUGAGGCUCUACCUCUAGGUUUUGUGGACAGAACAUCAAAGAAAGGCCUUGUUUGCAUGGGAUGGGUGCCACAAAUCGAAAUUCUGGGGCACCCAUCAGUCGGGGGUUCUCUGUUUCACUCUGGAUGGGGUUCUGUGAUUGAAACUCUGCAAUUUGGGCAUUGCUUUGUUGUGUUACCCUUAAUUGUUGAUCAGCCUCUGAAUGCAAGGCUUCUGGUGGAGAAAGGUCUGGCUGCCGAAGUGAAACGCAACAAUGAUGGGUCGUUUACUGCAGACGACAUAGCCAAAACACUGAGGCUAGCAAUGGUGGAAGAGGAAGGAGAGCACCUGAGAAUCAAUGCAAGGAAAGCUGCAGCUGUUUUUGGAGAUGAGAAGCUGCACCAAGACCACUAUCUUGGUGCAUUUGUUGAUUAUCUCAAGAAUAAUGGUAGAAAAGGUCUUCUAGACAAGAAUGAUCGAUGACCCUAUUUGAUCAUCCAGUAGCAAAUAAAGAAAUGCAUGUUACCCAGAUUACAUUCCCAGCAUUAUAUAUCGAAGUCCUUAGACGUGCUGGAAUUUGGGUUAUCAGCACCACUCUACGAUCUAUGCUAUGCUAAUUAUCGAGGUGAUCUGUGAAAGAAAAUGGUGAAUCCGGUGAUCCAAAGCCGGAAAAAAAAAAGCGCCGAAUUAUGAUUUUGGUUCCUAUAUUUUCGCAUAUGUUUUGCUUAAUCCCAUGUCCACUUCGAAUUACUGUAAACUUUGCAUGAUAUGACUGGUGAUAUAUAAUUUCGAAAACGACUACUCAACAAUA